AUGCCAGCAGCUGCUUCGCCAGAAAGGCCCCGAAGCGGCAUCACUCGAUUGACUGGAUGCCGACUAGUCAAAGGCAACGCUCUGGUAGAAGAAGACCUAUGGCUUUCCUCAGUCACGGGUCGUAUCUUGCGCAGCCAAGAAGUCUUUUACGAGCAUCACGCAGCCCCGGACGAGGUCAUUGACCUCGGUGGCCGCAUCGUCUGUCCUGGUUUGAUCGACGUACAGUUCAAUGGCGCAUUCGGCUUCGACUUUUCACAAGCACCACAAGAUCCCGUCUCGUAUCGCAAGGGUCUGAAAGAGCUGAAUAGACGAUUGAUCGAAAUGGGUCUCACAUCAUACCUGCCCACUAUUACCAGUCAGAAGCCCGAACUCUACCACAGUGCGCUGCCGUACCUGGGCCCUUCCGGUGCAGCCCGUGAUGCAGAUGAAGGUGCAGAGUCGCUAGGCGCCCACGUCGAAGGACCCUUCCUCAGUCCAACCAAGAACGGCAUUCACAGUCCUGAAGUUCUACAAUCGGCCACAUCCUUCGCCGAUCUCGAAGCCUGCUACGGCGCUCACAACCUCUGCAACAUCAAGAAAUUGACCGCCGCACCCGAGGUUGGCAAUAUGACCUCGAUUAUCCCGGAAGUGGUGAAGAACAACAUCAUCUUCAGCAUCGGUCACACAGAAGCUACAUACGAAGAAACAUCUGCAGCCGUGAACGCUGGAGCAAGAAUGAUUACUCAUCUGUUCAAUGCCAUGAAGCCGCUGCACCAUAGAAACCCAGGCGUGUUCGGUAUCCUGGGCCAUCCCUCCACUCAUACACCCUUCUUCGGUGUCAUUGCCGAUGGCAUCCAUCUGCACCCCACCACCGUCAAGAUAGCAUAUGCCGCGCAUCCUGAAGGCAUGAUCUUAGUCACCGAUGCUCUGUUCCUCGCUGGGCUCCCAGAUGGUACAUACAACUGGACCAAUGGCGACAGCAUCGUCAAGAAAGGCUCAAAUCUCACACUCGACGGCACAGACAAGAUAGCCGGUGGCUGUGCGACGUUGCUGGACUGUGUAAACAACUUUCUCAACUGGUCGAAUGCGAGUAUUCCUGAAGCCAUCAGGGCUGUCACUAUUACUCCAGCCAUGAUGUUGGGGCUAGAGGGUGUAAAGGGGUGUUUGGAGGCCGAUGCUGAUGCCGAUCUGUUGGUCUUGUCUGAGGAGAUCGAUGGGGAGGAAAGACGUUUACUGGUGGAUCAAGUGUGGAAGUUUGGUAGGCUGGUUCAUGAAAGGUCUUGA